UCCGGGACACAUUUUAGCGUGCUCGUUCAGAAUGGAACGUGUUUUUAUAUUAGCUUUAUUUGCUCUAGUGUCCUUGUGUAAGGCUGAAAGCCCACUGUUUCCUGUUGUAGAUCCAAUAGAAUGCAAUACUACAAAAUCUGAAGCAGAUGUAGCUGUGGACUUGAUCAAUGAAGAUCGUCGUGAAGGCUUUGUGUUCAAACCCCUGCGUGUCGUAGAGGCAUAUGAGCAGCAUGUGCAGUCACAUAAAUAUCCAGCAAGCACUAUCUAUUAUCUAACUAUAGAUGUUAUGGAAACAAAAUGUAGCGUCUUGAGUGGGAAGUCAUGGGAAGACUGCGAAGAGCCGUUCUCCUUCCAUGAAUGGGUAUUUGGAGAGUGUAAAGCCAUCAUUCUCAUAUCCUUGCCAUGGAGGGUACAGAAACUGAUCUACUACAACUGCACUAUUACUACAGUUCAUCCUAGAGUUAUACUCCACACCUGCCCUGACUGUCCGAUUGCAAACAGAGAAGUCACACCUGAAAUAACAGAGAUGGCCGACAAACUCAUUGCAGAUUAUAACAAGGACAGCAACAACACCAGAUAUUUUAAAAUUAACCAUAUAGAGAGUGUGAGAUCACAGUGGGUGGUUGGUCCCUCCUAUUUCUUCCAAUUUACCAUAAAGGAAACCGACUGCUUGAAAACACAGGAAAAUGUUAUUCUUUCCAAUUGCAGUUUUGUGGAUGACAGAGAGGCACACGUCGGAUUUUGCUCUGGAAGCAUAAUGAAGAGUAAUUUGGAUGGUACAGAACACAAACAAGUUUCCUGCGAUAUAUAUGAACCAAAGGAUGACCAUUCUCAUUAUCCUGAUUAUCAUGGACCUUACGCAUGUCAUCCUGAAAGAGAAGUAAAAAUACCUGAGGGCCAAGAAAAACCUGAAGCAGCAGCUCAAGAGAAGUCUCAGAAAUGUAGGCUCCAUCAUAAACACGGACAUCAUCCUUCACACAAAGGUCAUAAACAUGGUCAUCAUCACCACCAUCAUGGCCAUCAACCUCAUCGUCACCACCACCAUCAUCAUCCAAAUCAUACUUCCUCUGAACACCAUGAACAUCACCAUCAUCACAACAAUCAUACCUCCUCUGAACACCACGGCAGUUCAUCUGAAGAACAUACUGACAAGAAAGCUGACAAAAAGUAUUUUAUGAGGAAGUCUAAAGGGGUAGUUCAAAAAAUCACUCUUGGUAGUGAAACUGAUGUUCUUCCAGCUCCCACCAUCACCAUUAGCAUUCCACCAUUACCCAGUCAGCCUGGUGUUAGAACUGAGUAUAUUCAGUUCCCAGAAGUUGCAUCUCAUCUGCCUACAUGCCCUUUGAUAAUUGAAGAGAAAAAACAGAUUACACCAUUUUUACCACAUGAAAAAUAAUGUAUCAAGAUUUCAAACCACAUUUAGUUGGUAAAAAAUAAAAUUUUGCCUAUUAAA